GACAACCCAUUCCGCCAGAGGUUUUCUCAGAGGAUGGAGAAGGAAACAUGACUCUGAAUGACUUCCUAGAUAAGUUCUCAUUGCUGAGUGAGAUGUCUCCACGAGACCUGAAGGCCUACUAUGCAUUUAAAAUCUACAGUCAGUGUGCCAAAAUUAAUAUUGUCUAGUCAAUCAUAGAAAGGGAAGUUACUAAGCAAACAGACACACAAAGCAAUGUCUAAGACAAGGUCCAUAGAAGAAGGGAUCAGACCUGGGUUCAAAUACUAUUUAAAAUCUAUGGACUAUUGUCAUGGAUAACUAUUAAUAUUUAAGGAGCAACAUACAAAGGGUCUCAUUCUUGCAGCCAUGGAGGUGAGUAGCUGGAGCAGAGGCUAUAGAUGUACAGUAUAAUAACCACGCUUGGAGGACCAAAGUGUUGUGAAUGAUUGAUAAGGGCAUUAUAGAGGAGUCCAGCCAGCCUACAGUGCCUUCAGAAAGUAUUCACACCCCUUUACUUUUUCCACAUUUUGUUGUGUUACAGCCUGAAUUUAAAAUAGAUUAAAUUGAGAUUUUGUGUCACUGGCCUACACACAACGCCCCAUAAUGUCAAAGUGGAAUUAUGUUUUUCUAAGUUGAAAUGUCUUGAGUCAAUAAGUAUUCAACCCCUUUGUUAUGGCAAGCCUAAAUAAAGUCACAUAAUAAGUUGCUUGGACUCUGUGUGCAAUAAGUGUUUAACAUGAUUUUUGAAUGACCUAAUCUCUGUACCCCACACAUACUGUACAAAUAUCUCUAAGGUCCCACAGUCAAGCAGUGAAUUUCAACCACAAAGACCAGGGAGGUUUUCCAAUGCCUCGCAAAGAAGGGCACCUAUUGGUAGGUUACAUUUUUUUUUAAAUAUCCCUUUAAACAUGGUGAAGUUAUUAAUUACACUUUGGAUGGAGUAUCAAUACAUCCAGUCACUGCAAAGACACAGGCGUCCUUCCUAACUCAGUUGCCGGAUAGGAAGGAAACAGCUCAGGGAUUUCACCAUGAGGCCAAUGGUGACUUUACAACAGUUACAGAGUUUAAUGGCUGUGAUAGGAGAAAACUGAGGAUGGACCAGGAACAUUGUAGUUACUCCACAAUACAAACCUAAUUGACAGAGUGAAAAGAAGGAAGCCUGUACAGAAUAAAACAUAUUCCAAAACAUGCAUCCUGUUUCAACAAGGUAAUACUGCAAAAAUGUGGCAAAGCAAUUAACCUUUUUUCCUAAAUAAAAAGUGUUAUGUUUGGGUCAAAUCCAAUACAACGCAUUACUGAGUACCACUCUCCAUAUUUUCAAGCAUAGUGGUGGCUGCAUCAUAUUAUGGGUAUGCUUGCAAUCAUUAAGGGCUGGGGAGUUUUUCAGGAUAAAAAAGAAAACGGAAUGGAGCUAAGCACAGGACACCUGGUUCAGUCCGCUUUCCACCAGACACUGGGAGAUUAAUUCACAUUUCAGCAGGACAAUAACGUAAAACAUAAGACCAAAUCUACACUAGAGUUGCUUACCAAGAAGACAGUGAAUGUUCCUGAGUGGCCAAGUUACAGUUUUGACUUAAAUCUACAUGAAAAUCUAUGGCAAGACCUGAAAAUGGUUGUCUAGCAAUGAUUUGACAGAGCUUGAAUAAUUUUGAUAAGAAUAAUGUGCAAAUAUUGCGCAAUCCAGGUGUGGAAAGUGCUUAGAGACUUACUCAGAAAAACUCACAGCUGUAAUCGCUGCCAAAGGUGCUUCUAUAAAGUAUUAACUCAGGGGUGUGAAUACUUAUCUAAAUUAGAUAUCUAUGCAUUUCAUUUUCAAUAUAUUUGCAAAAAUGUCAAAAAUGUUUUUCCCACUUUGUCAUUAUGGGGUAUUGUGUGUCGGUUUUGAAUUCAGGCUGUAACACAAGAAAAUGUGGAAUACGUCAAGGGGUAUGAAUACUUUCAAAGGCCCUGUUUAUACACUGAGUGGACAAAACAUUAGGAACACCUCCCUAAUAUUGAGUUGCACCCCUUUUGCCCUCAGAACAGCCUCAAUUCGUCAGGGCAUGGACUCUACAAGGUGUCGAAAGCGUUCUACAGGUAUGCUGGCCCAUGUUGACUCCAAUGCAUCCCGCAGUUGUGUCAAGUUUGCUGGUACUGAAUCUCUACUCCGAAUAGCUCGUUCCAUCUCAUCCCACAGAUGCUCAAUUGGAUUGAGAUCUGGUGACUGGGCAGGCCACUGCAGGCAGCUGAAUUCACUCAUGUUCGUGGAACCAUUCCUGGACAAUCCUAGCCUUGUGGCAUGGGGCAUUAUGGAGCAAUUAUGUUCAGAUAUCCUGCGGCAUUCAAACGUUGCCCCACUUUUAUCAAGGGGCCCAAUGUGUGCCAUGAAAACACACCCCACACCACCACUACUAGCCUGCAAUGUUGACACGCGGCAUGAUGGAUGCAUGUACUCAUGUGGUUUUCUCCAUACCCUAGUCCUCCCAUCAGCGUGAAACAGCAGGAACCGGGAUUCAUCAGACCAGGCAAUGUUUUUCCAAAUCUCAAGUGUUUUCGUUCCUUAGCUCACUGCAAGCGCAGUUUCUUGUUUUUUGCUGAAAGAAGUAGAACUCUAAGGUCGUCAGCUGCCAUACCCCAUUCGCGUCAAGGUAAGACGAGUUGUGCCUUUUUUUAAUGGGUCUUUGCCCACCAAUGUUGUACUGGACUGUCAGUUGACUAACUGUAGCCCAUCUGUUGCUCUGCACAAUUUGUGUCAGCCUCCUUUGUCCUCUUUCAUCAAUUACCCGUUUUCGACCACUGGCCAGCCGUUGGCUGGAUGUCCUUUGUGUGGUGGACUAUUCCUGAUACACACGGGAAACUGUUGACGUUGAAAAAUCCAGCAGCGUUGCAGUUCUUGACACUCAAACUGGUGCGCCUGGCACCUACUACCAUACCCCGUUCAUAGGCACUUAAAUCUUUUGUCUUUUCCAUUUACCCUCUGAAUGGCACACAUACACAAUUCAUGUCUCAAUUGUCUCAAGGCUUAAAAAUCUUUCUUUAACCUGUCUCCUCCCCUUCAUCUACACUGAUUGAAGUGGAUUUAACAGGUGACAUCAAUAAGGGAUCAUAGCUUUCACCUGGUCAGUCUACACUCAGUGUACAUGUAGCCUGGCUGUACAAAAAAGGCCUUGUAUGGUUUGUGGCACCAGUCCCCCUAAUUAACCGGCGAUGACAGAUGAAGAUGUUUCACCGCAGGCGGAGGUGCGGAGACACGACCACGGUCAUGGGUCAAUUAACAUUUUCAGCCAUUCAUUCAUAAAAGAAAAUGCAUAGGAAAUGUAGGAAAGCUCCAUUCAGAAAGGCUUAGUUACUGGACAAAAAGACAAAAGCAUCUGAACUGGCCUUUUUAUCUCAAUAGUUAACCCAGGAUGAGGUCUGUUGGUUAUGUUAAGGCACAUGGAAAUUUGUAAACAACCUAGUCGUCAUACAUAGUCAUAAGUCAUACAUCAUACACAGUAUUACACAAUGACAGCUUCUAUUCACAAUUGUUGAUUAGACCCUUUCACCACCUCUGUGGACUGACUGACAGACUGACAUGGUUAACAACCUCAUUGAAGUGAAACAAUCAACAAAGGCCACAACAUCAAAACAGGACUUAGUGCAUACAAAUUGGCUAUUUUACAUUCUUAUCCAGAGACACUUUGUCUAAAGUAGACUUAACAACAGCAUAACUUUAGUCAACACAAGCUAAACAAAAUAAGCUGUAAAGUAAAAGAGGCUAAAGUAAAAACAUAAAACAGACAAUGUCUUUGAGGCUAGUAGACCACCUAGCUUACUCUGUUCUUCCUCCUCAAUAAUAACUUCCUGUGUAAGUCUGACCUGGAGAAGACCCUGAACAAGCUGACGCGGAACGAGCUGAUGGAGGACGAGGUGCGGAUGGUGUGUGAGAAGGUGAUCGACAAGGCCGACCUGGACAACGAUGGACGGCUCUCUGGAGGACUUCCAGCACAUGAUCGUCCUUUCGCCAGACUUCCU